CUCGGGAGCUGGAAACUAUUCCUUGCUCAGUCACAGACUUGGAUUUUAUUCCCUUCUGCCUUUCAGUUUGGUCCAUUCUCAUGAUACUAAGAAAUAGUACAACUAUUGCAAGGCCUCUGUUGUCCAAAGGUUCAGUAGGAAUAAAUGCAACCUCUCAUCAACCUCCUAGGGGAGACCUUCACCAUCAUAUGUCACGGAUUCACCUUGAAUAAUCUCAACAAGCAAGUUGCUCAAGUUACUAACACUUGUUCUGGAUUGAUAAACUGACAAUGAGACUUUGGGUCUUGGCACUUCUGACAAUUCUUGAACAUUACACAGAAGCUAAGUUUAGAAAAUCAUCUUGGGGGCUGGAAAAUGAGGCUUUAAUUGUGAGAUGUCCUAGGCAAGGAAAGUCUCGGUAUUCUGUGGAUUGGUAUGACUCAAAAACCAACGAAAGUAUAACCACGCAGAAAAGAAAUCGUGUAUUUGCCUCGGGGGAACGUCUUAAGUUUCUCCCAGCUGAAGUCAAGGAUUCUGGAAUUUAUACUUGCAUUAUCAGAAGUAGUCCUACCACCAAUAAGACUGGAUAUGUGAACGUCACCAUAUAUAAAAAACAACCAGAUUGCCGUAUUCCAGAUCAUCUGAUAUAUUCAACAACAUCUGGAUCAGAAAAAAAUUCCAAAAUAUAUUGUCCUACAAUUGACUUCUACAAUUGGACAGCACCUGUUGAGUGGUUUAAGAAUUGCAAAGUUCUUCAAGGACCAAGGUUUCACAUACACAGGACCUUUUUGCUGAUUGACAAUGCAACUAGCAAGGACACGGGUGAUUAUACAUGCAGAUUUAUGCACAAUGAAAAUGGAAUCAAUUACAGCGUGACAGCAACCAGAUCAUUUGUUGUGCAAAAUGAGGAAAGCCUUUCUUGGUUUCCAGUAAUUCUAGCGCCUCCACAAAAUGAAACAAAAGAAGUGGAAAUUGGAAAACCAGCAAACAUCCUCUGCUCUGCUUGCUUUGGGAAAGGCUCUCAGAUGAUGUCUGGUGUCCGGUGGUUGGUGAACAGAACUACAGCUCAGAACUUUGGUGAAGCAAGAAUUCAAGAGGAACGAGAGCCAAAUCAAAGUUUUAGCAAUGAGAUGACGUGUCAGAGCACCAUUUUAAGAAUAAAUGACGUGAGAGAAGAGGAUUUAUCACUGCGGUAUGACUGUCUGGCUCAGAAUUUGCAUGGCAAGAUACGGCACACCGUAAGAUUAAAGUGGAAAAGUCCAAUUGACAAGCAAAGCACCUACUUCAUACUUGCGGGAUUUAGCGUCUUGUUAAUGCUAAUCAAUGUCAUGGUGAUAAUAUUAAAAGUGUUCUGGAUUGAGGUUAUUCUGCUCUGGAGAGACAUAGCUAAACCUUACAAAACUAGGAAUGACGGAAAGAUCUACGAUGCUUAUGUUAUCUAUCCACGGAACUAUAAAAAUAAUCCAGAGAGGGCCAGUGCUGUAGAGUACUUUGUCCACCAGAUUUUGCCUGAUGUUCUUGAAAAUAAAUGUGGCUAUAACUUAUGCAUUUAUGGGAGAGAUCUGCUACCUGGAGAAGAUGCAGCCACCGCAGUGGAAACCAACAUACAAAAGAGUAGGCGCCACAUUUUUAUCCUGACUCCUGAGAUCACACACAGCAGGGAGUUUGCCUACGAGCAGGAGAUCGCCUUGCACAGUGCCCUCAUCCAGAACGACGCCAAGGUGAUUCUUAUAGAAUUGGAGGCUCUGAGCAAGCCAGGUGGACUACAGUUUGGGGAGCUUCAAGAUUCCCUCAAGCACCUUGUGGAAGUGCAAGGUACCAUCAAGUGGAGGGAAGACCAUGUGGCCAACGAACAGUCGCUGAAUUCCAAAUUCUGGAAGCAUGUGAGGUACCACAUGCCUGUGCCCAACAGACUGCCAGGGAAGACAUCCAGUUUGGCUUCCCUGAGUGCCCAGGGGCAGUAGUGCUUGCUUUGAUGUGCUAAUGCACCCGAUUUCCGUUGGCCUGAACUCUUCCUGGCUGGAUUAUGCCAUUGGACCAGACACUGGAGCAGAGGCAUGAAGAGUGGGAAUGUCAAGAUUGUGCAGGCUUCGGGUUUCAUCCAUCAACUCUACUUCCAUUUUCCUGAUUCUGGGUGGUUGCAAAAAGCCCAGAAAUGUUUAUCCUUGCUCCCCCUCUCUUCAGCUCACUUUUCCUUCCUUUUCUCCCUUUGCUGAUCUUUCUCCAGGUGGCCUAGGAUCUCUUCAUUAUGCUUUUUCCACUUUCUCUCUCUUUCCUGUUUUCCUGCUCCUUAUUCCUUGUCAAUAUUCAGCACAUUGAACUUCAAACUAGAUGUGUUAGAGCUAAAUUUUCAUGUAACCUUGAAGAACACUUAGAUUCCCACAAGCAGAACUUUAGCAGUACAUCUCAUUCCUCACAUACCAGAAUAUAUUACAUUUUAUUUGACCAGAUGCUGAGUUUUAUCAUCUCAAUGUUGCUGAUGUUACUGGAGUGCCGUCCCCAGUUGCCAUUAUAAUCAAGUUUUUGCAGUUCUAAAAUUUCUUUCGUAGAUUUUAUUC